AUGCCAGCAGUUCCAGCAAUGGCGUGCCUUAUCAUCCUCAUGCAUCAAGAUUUGAUUAUAGGCGGAGUUGGUGUCCACGAAGCUGAGGCACGCUUUGUUGAUGUCGGUGUAAUCGAUGCAAACUCUCUAUUUGCCCUUUUCUUGUUCGCCACCAUAACAACGUUGGCUAGCCACUCUAAGUAUGAGACUUCUUCAAUGAAGCCGGCAUAUAGGAGCUUGUCAAUCUCGGCUUCAAUGAUCGCAACUCGCUCGAGAGCAAAGUUGCGUCUCUUUUGCGCCCUGGCUUGUUGGCAGGGUUCACAUGCAGUCUGUGGCAGAUGA